AUCGAUAGUUCCAAAAUAAAUAAGAGCGUGUUUAAGUUGACUUGUCGAUUGUUAAUAUAACUGUGCAUUAAUAUUACUGUGCAAACUUGGGAUGUAUUACAUGUACAUUUUAUAUUUUGUCUUAAUAUGUUCAGUGCCUUUGAUACUGGCUGGAGGCUUACCUGAUCCAUGUUCUCCGGAUCCCUGCCUUAAUGGUGGUACAUGUACUGCAGGGGCGUCCUCGUCAUAUACAUGCGCAUGCGCUUCGGGAUAUACAGGUUUAACAUGUAAUACAGUGCAAAUGAGUGAAGAAGAUACAGGUCUAUCCAACGGAGAAAUUGCUGGAAUAGUUGUUGGAAGCAUUGCCGGUGCUGCUUUACUUGCAGUCGGUGGUAUUAUCAUGUGGAAGUUCCUUUUGAAAAAAUAAUCAACAAAACCAAAUUAAAAUGAACAGCAGAUAUCAACAGAUAUAUAUAUAUAUAUAUUCCAACCGUGAAAUAUUAUCCUUCUGUACUUCAAGAUAUGGAAACAAGAAUACGAGUCCAUUUUACUAAUAAUUAGUUAUUCAUGGUUUUAAUGGAAUUUUGGAUCAUAAUGCUCUUCAACUUUGUACUUGUUUGGCUUUAUAAAUAUUUUGAUAUGAGCGUCACUGAUGAGUCUUAUGUAGACGAAACGCGCGUCUGGCGUACUAAAUUAUAAUUCUGGUACCUUUGAUAACUAUUUUGAUAACUAUUUAAGUAUAUAUAAAUGUACAAAUAGGUAUAUUUAAAAUUUUAUUUUUAGCAAUUAACUUAUGUACACUGCACAAGACUUUACCGUUUCGUUAACUGUAUAUAUUUUCGAAGUUGUUCAUUUUGUUCUUUCUUUUCCCCUAAACACCAAUUUCAAUAAGUAUGCGUAGUAACUCCUCCAAACCAUGUGGUAUAUAUACAUUUGUGAUGACUUAUUAUGUUGUUUAUAUCUGCAUGACUCAAGGUACCUGAAUUAUUACUUGCUUAUACCCAUUUAUACAUUUUGUAAUUAACACUAAAUAUAUUUAUUUGCUUUCAUGUUUUCAUUCUAUUCUACUUUUAAAUUAUAGUUUUUCAUAUGUGACGUCACGCUGUUUCUAAAUUUCAUAAAUUCAAAUGUGGCGUAAGGUUUGUGCCUUUUCGCCAUCGUAUGUGACGUCAUUUUAAAAUUUAUGAUUUACUGCGUUUAGGCCUGAACUGAGUCGGGUGUGUCUUUUCUGUUUGGUCUUAGCAUUAUGUAUUCGUGUAUAGUUUUCAGUAAUUAGUUAAUACUUCAGUUUCAUUAUAUAUACAUUUGUAUCUCUUUUAUAUUUUAUAUUCAUUUGAUAAAAUUUACUGCUUACAAUAACAUUAAUUGUUCUAAAUAAUAAUGAUGUUCUUAUCCCAGACAUAAAUACUACGCCGUAUUUGGCACAACCUUUUUCAACUUUUGAUCUUCAGUGCUGUACAACUUUGUACUUUUUUUCACUUUCGAUCUUUUAUAUCUGGGUGUCACUGGUGAGUCUUGUGUUGACGAGGCGCGUUUUUGACGUAUUGAAUUUUAAACCUGAUUCUUUUUGUUAUCUAUUAAUCAUGUGUUUCUUUGUCUAAUAUGUUCUCCUAUUUAUUUGUAUUGUAGUCCUGUAAUAUUAUGUUGUCAUUUCAA